UCGAUACAGCGGGGUAGGGACUCGAGUAUAAAGCCCGAGGUGAAGGCAGUCCAACACGACAAUAGAUCUUUCAACCUUCACAACCUUCACAACUCCACCAACCAACUUAUUACUCCACCAACAAUUCAAGAUGCCUGCCGGAGGAUGCUUUUGCGGUAACGUCCGUUACGAGGUGCAGGGCGAGAGCGGAGGCAACAUCCUCUGCCACUGCCUUGACUGCCGUAAGAUCACCGGAUCCGCCUACUCAACCAACGCCGUCUACUCGGACGAGGGCUUCAAGGUCACCAAGGGUACGCCAAAAGCACACACGGUCAAGGGCGACAGUGGAAACGACGUCACUUCCAUGUUCUGCGGCGACUGUGGCUCGACCAUGUGGCGCCAGGGCGAUACCUUUGCCGGCAAGCGCAUCAUCAAGGUCGGAACCCUUGACGACACCAGCAUCCUCGACAACAUGAAGAUGAACGCCGAGUUGUAUGUGGACCACAGGCCGAAGUGGGUGGGCUCCCAGGAGAGCGCGGCGCAGAAGUCGGGCAUGUAAGGAUUAAGCGGUCGAGCGGUCGAGAGCGGAGAAGAUAGGCGGGGAUAAGGUUUAUUGACGAUUUGAGCCAUCCAGCCAGACGCCUAUUCAG